GAACAGUCACCACAAGGUCAUGGAUUCUGAAGCGGACAGCGAUGCUACAGUGGCUCACGAGCCAACAUCAGACGGAGAGAUGGACACACAGACAGCUGGAGAAAAAUCACCGUCCUUUCUGAACACACAGUAAAUGCAAAACCCUCUCGGUUAUGUAACAAACACUAAUCCCGUAGAGCUGUGGUUUUUGGAGGCGGAGAGAGGGAGGCAGAGACAAGCCAGCCCAUGUCACCUGAGCUCCCUCUUGCACCUGGUAACUAUUGAUCCCACACUCCUCCUUUAUUCAGCAUGAAACACGAACCAUCAGGAAAUUCAGCUGUUAGGUCGGCAGCAACAAAGCCGUUGUCGAAUGGAGCAGCUCGUCGCACAGAGGGUACGGUUGACAACAGUGGAGGAUCACAGAUGGUGGUGGAGGGGAGCGAAGAGGAAACCCCUGGUCCCUGCAGGGAGUUGGAGGAGGUGGUGAAAAUCCAGACAGAUCUGCUCCAUUCUCUCCAGGAACCAGGACAAUCAACAGCCAUUAGCUCAAGAGAUCUAAAGAGAAUGCAGACCCAGUCAAGCGACGUAGAGUCCUCCCUGAGGGAGAUCAGUGCUGCCAACCAAGCCAAGCGCAGGAGGCUGGCCUCGACUCACUCGUCUCUCUCACAGCACAGCCAGUCCGGUCUCUCGGUCGGGGACAGCAGCGAGAGCCUGCGUCGACAGCUCACGAGUCUCGCCGCCCGGCAAAAGACUCUCCUCCAGUGUUUCAAGACACAGAAAGAGGUGGUGAAGAAACUAGAAGCUCUCAGUCACAGACUGAUGGAGAGGCUGUGGCAUUUCCCUAUAGCAGUGAACCAGCCUCAACAAAACACCAGCAACUCUGAAGCAAGGCUGGAACAGCUAUCUGCAGUCCAACAACUAUCUGCAGUGCAGCCUUCCAGAGUGAGGGCAUCUACUGUUGUUGGCCCAACAAUGGCGGAACACACACAUCCUCCACCAAAUUCUACCACCACAAAGACAGGUGGUAUGUCUGCUCUCAUUUCCCCCCUCCCCUACUAUCUGAUACCUAUGUAUGGCCAGUCUUUGUUCUUGGCACAGGGCAGGGGAAAACAGCUGUUGAGUCUCAGACAAGACAACUGGGAGAUAUUACCACAGUCAGUCUCCAGCAUCCCAAAACUCACCCCCAGCCCCCACUUCAAACUCAGAUUGAUUGCGACUCUGUUUACACAGCCACCCCUCCUCCACCUUCUCCUAUUAACACAGGGGCUGGCAGUGCCGGUGGCUCUCCAGACUCUACUCCAACAUGGUUUCCUGGAGGCCGGAACCAACUGCUUCUCCUGCAGUCUCAUGGGUUGUGAGUUUAGGUGCUCUUUACUGGAGGACGGGUCUCUCUCCACGUUCACCACCACUGGACCCAGGUUCAAGAGCCCUAAUCAAUGGCUCCAGCACUGCUGGGCUCAGCUGGGUCAGCAGCACAGGACCAACAUCAACACAAGGAACACCUUCAGAAAC